AAAAGAGAAAACAGAAAAGCAAAGAGAAGAUAUAUAUAUAUUUAUGGUUAAGAAACAAGCAUAUGAUGAUGACCACACGCAGCAAAAAGAAUAAAUCCACCGUGACCAUUAAUCCACAGGCCUCAAGCUAUGAUGUACUCCCUCUGGACUUGCUGAUGGAGAUUAUUGGGAGAUUGCCUGUCAAAUCCAUAGCUAGGUUUCUUCUAGUAUGCAAGUUAUGGGCUACCACCAUCCGCAGUCGAGAUUUUAUCAAAUCUUUCCCGCUUGGAUCUUGUUCUUCUCAUGAGCCUCGCUUCCUAAUCGCCUUCAAUGGUCUAGAUAAAACUGAAGAACAAAAUCUCAAAAAAAAACAUUGGUACUUCUUCUCGUCCGCUUUCAUUUCGCGCUCAUCAUGUCCAUUACCAAUUCGUGUGUACCGUUCGCAUUACGUGAAUGGCUUACUCUGCAUUGAUUAUGGUCAAGAGCAAUUCAUAGUUAACCCGACCACCGGUAAGUCCAUAGCUUUACCUAGAGUUAGAACCAGAAGAAAGGUAGUAAAAAGUUUUUUCGGAUAUGAUUUAGUUAGUGAUGAGUAUAAAGUAUUGUGCAUGUCGGAAGCACAUAAUGGUCCUAAUUUUCUUGGACCGUCGUCCCAGCAUCAAAUAUUCACAUUGGGAGCUAAGAAAAGAUCAUGGAGAAUGGUAGAAUGUAGCAUUCCUCAUUGUCCUUGUUCUAGCGGUGUGUGCAUAGAUGGGGUUAUAUAUUAUAUGGCUAAAACGGGCACUGCUAAUUUGUCGCAACUCAGCUUAGUGAGUUUUGAUUCGAGGUGUGACAAGUUUGAUCUUGUUACUGGAGUGUCCCCAGAGAUUCUACUAAAUGAGAAUCAAUUUAGCCAUGUUGUGAUUUUAAACUUCGAAGGCAAAGUAGCAAUAACCACUAAAACCACACACACGUUUGAUGUGUGGGUUAUGGAUCAAAAUGCUGAAGAACGUAAAUGGUUGAAGAAACUUACUUUCAGCGUUGAACCUUGGAAGAGUUUAUUUCAUUCUCCUUCGUCUGUAUCCAUCAAAGGCAUCACUCAGACGGGUGAGUUUAUUUUGGUACCAUACUAUUACAAUUCUUAUGAUGUCUAUGUUGGCCUUUACAACCACUACACUGAUACCUUUAGAAAAGUUAAGGCCGAAGGAAACGAAGACAAUGACUUCAUAAAGCGUAAUUAUGUGAGAGGAAUAUUUUUUUCGGAUUGCAUAGAGAGUGUUCGCUUUUUGUAGAAUAUGUCGACAGUUCAUGAUGUCUGAUACCUUCACU